CCCACAGGACCUAUAAAUCACUGUUGAACAAUAAAUAACUGGUAACACUUUUAUGCUGUGACAGUAGUGUGGUAAAGGUUUAGUUAGGUUUAGGCACAAAAACAAAUCGGUUGAGAUGAGAGGUCCUGUGUCAUCAUGGUUACAAUGAUAAACACAUGGUUAAGGUUACAGAAUGGUCAUGGUUAAAGGAAACUGUAUGUAGAAACAAACAGCUGUCUCCUGUGUUAGAGUCCAGUGUUUAGUUGACCUGUAAAAAUGUUGCUUUGGGGCAUUUGCUGAAAUGACUGAUGACUGAUGAUGACGCAGCUGUUAUACAAAGCUUCUUGCACCAAGCAUCAACCUCUGGGGCUGAAAAAUGAAGCCAACACUACAGUCCCAAAAACUGCAGUUCCUCUAAUCACCACCAGAGUCAAUUUAGGUAACUUCCUCCUUCAUUACAAAUGUUUAUAUAUAAUUCACCUGUUUACAUUUUAUUAAGGCUUAAAGUUAUGUAUACUUGUGAGCGUGGCCUCUUUGAGUGACAGGUGGGUGUCGUCACAGUCCUCCGUCUGUUUAGCAUCCCCUUUGCUUAUUCAGUCAGUGAACGUGACCUCUCGAUGUUUUUGGUGUUGGUUCUUAUGGAGGUUUCUUCAUGUAAAUAUCACAGAUAUUUUGACUUGUUGGUUAGCUGACUAACAGAACACGAGGAAGUCUGUGCUCCUGCUUUUAGAGGUGAGUGAAAUUCUGGUAUUAUUCCAUUUAUAUGUUAGCACUAAUUAGCAGGUAUGGUCUGCAUUCAUACUAGGCUUGUUAGCUUAACCUUUCAGGCUAAUUAGCCGACGAAUGAAUUAGCCUUGGGUUAGCCUUCGAGCAAGAUGACCAGUUGUGCUAACAAUGCCAACAGGUUCUUAUGCUUCCCACAGUUAUCAAACCAGCAUCAUGCACCGAAGUCUCAGCUCCACACAUGCCCUGCCUCUUUAUAGCCGUGGUCUACAGGAGAAACCAGUGGGUGAUGUCAUGGAUGCUAUGUCCAUCUUUAUUUACAGUAUGUGGCUUUCACAGAUGACCUAAGGGGUUGUCUUUUAUAAGAAGACAGUGGAGAGUUAAAGUGUUACUCCACCAAUUUAGUAAUACCCCUUCAUUAAACAGGGGGACUGAAGAAUCAAAAGUGGUUCAGAGUUCACUGUUGAUCUUAGAAACAGAAGUUGAGAUCAAGUGAUGCACCUUUGUAACACAGGCUGUUAAACAUGUGUUAAGGCAGUCCACAUGCAGAAGCUCCUGCAGAGCCACAGAACAAAUCAAUCACCUGUUUCCACAGGCUGAGUAGAAGCCUGCUGAUGGUGGUGGGUAACUUUGUCAGAGGUUCUUUGCAUUUUCAUGAUGACCCUGAGCAGUUGUUGUUGUAAUGUAAGUAAUUCAUGCACAACUUCAGAAAUGUCUUACUCCACUUAAUUGACUAGUUCAUUUUUAAAUCAUUUACAAAUCUGUGAGUCAACAGCAUGUUUCCUGUUAGCUCUCUCUUGACAUUAGAAUUUUAAUUUUACACAUAUGAAGAGAGACUCAUUGAUGAUUAGUGAUGUGAAAAAUUAAUAUACAAAUACGAGAAAUCUUCCAGGCUUGGCUGGACCAUUGUAUUGUUAAUGCUCCUCUACUAAUACUACCCCACCACCACUUAUUAUUUAUUACACAACUAGUACAGUAAGUGCAUUUUUCAUUAUAUUUGCUUGUUGUGGUUAGAACAGUAUGUGAACGGUGAUUGUGUUUGUACUCUUGCAUAGUUCAACUAUUUAUGUACACACACACAUACAGUGUGCAUGCUCACACAAACGCACACAAAAUCCAAGAUAAUGCUAAUAAUGCUAUAAAUAAAGAAAUAGCAGCUCCUACACACAACUAUUAAAACAAGCAAAAAAGACUAAAUACACACUGAUUUGUCAUAAUGAUUACACACACUCAGGAUAUUAUUUGUCAGUGUGGUGUAAAAGUGAAAAUAAAGGGCUUUUAUUUGGCACAUGAUGAUCCUGGAGGUCACAGUCCUGCAGUCCUCUCAUCCACCACAUCACUGCUCUGCUGCUGGUCCCAUAUGCAGUCCAAUACUGCAGCCUUCUGACAAGGAGCGCGCUUCCAAAUUUACCCUCCCGCUGCGCUCGCUCCCUGUACCUUAAAAAAGCGCGUGCACGGUUGAAGGUCACUUAAACACAAAAGGCUUUCAGCGCUGCGGUCCAAUAUAGCGCAUGCGCGCUGCCGGAGGACUGCUUCACAGACCGCAAUAUGGCGAGAAUGCCUGCCAGCGGAGACACAGAGCAGGAACAGAUGAGCUGCCCCGAGAAGAAGAGGGAUGAGGAUGACGAGGAGGAAGAUGAAGAUGAGAUCCAGGAGGUCCAGAUCACCGGGGAGUCGGAGGAUGAGGAGUCCGACAGAGAUGGUGUGGAGCUUGAGUGGGAGUCGGGGAGUACAUUGCUGGAAUCCAGCGGUUCUGCCGCGGAAUCACAAGCGGUCGUUAUGGGGAGUAUGGACCGAGAAGAGGAGGAGGAGGAGGAGCAGGAGGCGGACACCUUCAGCAGCAGCAUCCCUGCUGGGCUGGAGUCUCACCUGGAGGGAGAUCUUCAGCGCUCAGAGCGGAACAGGCUGAGCGAGAACACCCGCCUGGCCACCCGGUAUGCGGUGAGGAUCUUCAGGGAGUACCUCAGCGAGAAAGCCCAAAGUCCAGACUUUGAAACUCUGGACAAGGAGGCACUCUGCGCGGUGCUGCGCUCCUUUUACUCGGAGGCGCGCUCUAAAAGUGGACAGUUGUACAGCAAGUCGUCCCUCAUCAGCAUCCGGAGCUCACUGAACCGGUACCUGAACGAGCCGCCCUACUGCCGCACCUUGGACCUCACCAAGGACCCCGAGCUGCGCAGUGCCAACCUGACCCUGGCCGCGGUCAUACGGAGGCUGGAGGAGCAAGGCGCCGGUCCCGUGGUGCAGAAACAAGCCAUCACGCGCUCGGACCUGAGGAAACUGUACGAGUCCUCCGUGUUAAACACCGGCACGCCGUUUGGGCUGCUAAACAAAGUCUGGUUCGAGACCUGUAUGUAUUUCUGUACCAGGGGACGGGAGAAUCAGCGGGAGCUGGAAGAAGACUCGUUCGGCCUGGCAGUGGAUGAGGACGGGCGAAAGUUUGUGUAUUUCAAAGCUCUGGGACCGUACCACAAGUCCCGCUCCGCCGCCUGGACCAAGAAGCGUCCGGACUCAGAAGAGGACACCUUGCCGCGGAUGUACGAGACGGGCACGGAGCAGUGUCCGUACGCCAGCUUCGUCCGGUACGUGUCCAAACGGAACCCGCUGUGCAGGGCGUUCUUCCAGCGGCCCCGGGACCACUGCUGCGCGAGCGACGUGACUUGGUAUGAGAACAAAGCGAUCGGUAAGAACCUGUUGGGUACGAGGAUGCAGAUGUUGUCGCGCGCCUCCAAGCUCUCCAAGACUUAUACUAACCACUGCAUCGGCGCCGUCUCCAUAGCAACGCUAAAUAGCAUCGUGGGCGCCGCGGGCUCUAGGCCUAAGACGCUUUACGUUGCCUCGGAAACGGUCAACGGUCACGCGCAAUCCCACCUCCAGCUUGUGAUCCCGUACCUGCGCCGGGUCACGGACUCUGGGGAUCUGAAACCGCAGCGGACAACAAUCGCAGCUGCAGCGACAACAACAACAAACUCAGAAUCAACAACAACAGCAGCAGCGAGGGGAGGCAGCAGAGAGGAGCAAGCGGGGGCUCCGCGCGCCAAGAAGCUGUGCGUGCGCCCCGGGACACGCGCAGAGUCUCCUGUGGAGCGGAACGAGAGCGAGUCAGCGUCGGCGAGAGCUACGGAGUCACAUCCACAGCCUGCCGUCAGGUUGUCCGCCACACAGGACAGCUCUGGCAGUAGCAGCAGCAUGUCCAGCCAGCAGCUGGUCUCUGUGCCUCCAGUGUCUCCUCUGGGCUCUGCCGGCAUCCCCACACCAGCCCAGCUCACCAAAACCAACGCACCUGUCCACAUCGAUGUAGGAGGUCACAUGUACACCAGCAGCCUGGCCACCCUCACCAAGUACCCUGAGUCACGGAUCGGCCGUCUCUUUGAUGGAACAGAACCCAUAGUGCUGGACAGUCUGAAGCAGCACUACUUCAUCGAUCGAGAUGGCCACAUGUUCCGCUACAUACUCAACUUUCUCAGGACUUCAAAACUCCUCAUCCCUGAUGACUUCAAAGAAUACUCCCUGCUGUAUGAAGAGGCCAGGUUCUUCCAGCUGGCCCCUCUGCAGGCCGAGUUGGAGCGCUGGAGGAUUGAGCGGGAAUGUGGGAGUGUGUGUCAGGAGUGUGAGUGUGUUGUGGUUCAUGUGGCUCCGGAGCUUGGGGAGAGGAUCAGUGUGAGCGCCCACCGGGACAUCAUUGAGGAAGUUUUCCCUGAGGUCAGAGACAUCAUGUCCAGUUCCCUGAAAAGCAGCUGCAACCAGGACUCGACACACAUCAUUUGCUUCCCGCUCAACGGCUACUGCCACCUCAACUCUGUGCAGGUGUUGGAGAGGUUACAGCUCAGAGGCUUCCGGAUCACAGCUUCCUGUGGCGGCGGAGUGGACUCUUCUCAGUUCAGUGAAUACAUCCUACAGAGGGAGAGCCAACACCCCCCUACACUCACAAUGAUCAAACAGGAAGUCAUGGACUGACCUCAGAGGAGCUCAACCCAGUCUAACACAUUACCACAGCUUCACUUCAGCAGGACAGACAUCAAGAAAGAGAACACACAUGAACACUGAAUCUUCUGUGAUACUUCACCUUCACGUCAUUACAGUAAUAAUAGAUCCAUCAGAGCAGACACUGUAGGAGAUCAUGGGAAGUGUAUUCGUUCUCGCAUGUCUGUUGAUAUGAAACAGACGUCAGUAUUUAGGGCUGAACAGUGUGGAUAAACUCUUUUAUACAGUAUGAAUAAAAACAGACAUAUUCAGAACAAUACAGAUACUUCCACUGACUGACUACUGUAUGGUUUCAGUUGGUCGAACUAAUGAAAACUGUAGAAAAUGAUCUACUCAUUAAAGUAAAAUCCAUUGAAUUAAAUACCUGACAAAGGCGCUUCAUGACACUGAUGUUAGCAUCCACUAAAACAGUCCUGCUCAGUUACUCCCAGCAGGGCCAACAUUGGAGGUCUUCCAGGCACGUCCACCUGGUAGACCACGGGUAGACCACUGGUAGGGGGCCUCAGGGUAGACCCAGAACAUGCUCCAUCUGGUCUGGGAAUGCCUCUGGAUCGUAAUUCACAUGGAAUUAUUACUCGUCUGUCAGGAGUUCUGCUGACUAUGGUUCAUUUAAAAAAGGUAAUGAUAAAUGACAUAUUUAGAGUUUGAGUUUAGAUUUCAAUAACACAUGCCAAUUUGACAUGCCAUGGAUCCACAUCAGAGAGCAGCGAACUGCUCUGACUCCUCAGCAUCUCCUCCUCUGUCGGACUCAUCAACAGCACAAAAUACUGUUUACCUGUUUAAGAGGUCUACAGGCCAGGUCAAAGACUCCUGUUUGUAAUGAACUGUAUAUGUUGAAUGCAGCUUUGAAUAAGUUGCAGUGUAUAAAUCAUGAGGUGUGAGCCUCAUUUGCAUGGACUGUUUGUAUACUUGCAGAAACCAUCAAUUACUUUUACCUGGAUGUUUGCAUUUGGUAAAGUAAGACAUUUGAGCACAAACACUGAGUUCUCUGUGAAAAAUAACUGAUUCAUUUCAGCCUUAAUUCAAUUUUUGGUAUGGGUUAGCUUUAUUGUAGAAGCACAUUUUCUCUCCUCAUCCUGUCGGAAAAAUAAAGGCAGAGGAAGAAUCUGCACAGGUAGGAUCUGAAUGUAUUUUCCAUGUAAACUGAUAUAUUUUCGAAAUAUGUUUUAUUGGUUGAAGGUUAGCGUCAUGGAACAGCAACGCCAGCAGCAUUGUUUAUUUCUAUAUCAUGUUUUGGCAUAAUUAUAAAUUACUGUAAAAUAAUUUCAUGAUGAAUAAACAGGAACUCAAAC